AUGGGAAAAUGUGCUUCUGGCACGCGCCGCGCGCCAGCGUUCGCCAGGCGUUACCUCGGUAGCCAAGCAAAGGACGCGGACUGGGACGCGGACGCGGACUGGGCGGUCUCAGCAGAAUUCCCUUGGAAGAUGUCUCGGCGCAGUGAGCGCCUGCGCCUCCGGUACCACCUACACGUUGAUGGAGAUGGCGGCGGCAGCAGCACCAGCAGCAGUGGCUGCAGUUCCCCUGUGGUCGGCCAGCACAUUCAAUGCAAUGACAGUUCCCUCAGGACUCGGAGGAGGAAGUCAAGUAGGGUCAAAGGCCUCUCACCAUCCCCUCUCCUGGCCACAAUCACCUGCAGCACCCCUGGAUCCUCCUCAGGAUAUAGGUCUGAGGAUGACUGUGCAGGGCACUCGCUUUUGGACCAGCCUGGCUCUGCAUCCAACCUAAAGAACAGGGCUUCCCCAGGUGGCCCUUCCUUCUGGAUGGCCAUCCACUUCUCAGGUUGGCUCUUUGGCCUGCUCCGCUGGUGCCUUCAUAACACCUGGUACCGCCUGACCACAGCUGUCUCCCUGCAGGACAUCUAUGUUUUCACCAGGAGCUUUUCCACUGGGAAGAAGUUGCUCCUCUCUGUCUUGGGCAUGCUGUUUCUUGUGGCUUUGCUGGAUUAUGGUGCUUGGUAUUUCUACCCCUCUGGACUCCGGACCUUCCACCCUGCUAUGCUCUCCUGGUUGGCAGCAAAGGGUAGCAGCAGGAGACAGGACGUGUGCGAAUCAGGAGAAUUCACCCCAGAUUUCCAGGAGCUGGAAAGCGGGGUGCUCCAGCACAUGUCUGAGUGGCAAGGUUUGUCCCAGGAAGACUCCCAGGACAAAAGGCCAAAGGAGAUGGCUUCCCUGGAGGCCCAGCUGGCUGGCCUGAGGCAGGAGCUGGCGGCCAUCAGCCAGAGACAGGCUGCAAUGGCCCAAGAAAUCCACCUUUGGCGAGAAAAGAUGGUGGCCCUGCGCAGUGAUAUGGAGUCUCACGUCCCAGCUUUAAUCCAGGAAUACUUUGUUGGAGACAAGGGCACUAAGGCCGGACUUACACAGCUAGAGGAGGUGCAGGCUCAGCUUUGGGACCUGGAGCAAAGACUCCUCAGGCAUAUGGCAGAGGAGCAGGACAAGACUGCCAGCAAAGUUGCUGCUGACUUGAGGCUGACCCUUCUGGAAGAAGGAGUGACCACGGGGGUGACAGAGGAGGAAGUGCGUGAGAUCGUGCGGCAGGCCCUGAAACUGUAUAGUGAAGAUCGCAUUGGGCUGGUGGAUUAUGCCUUGGAGUCCUCAGGGGCCAGCAUCCUCAGUAGCCACAGCUCAGAGACCUAUGGCACCAGGACGGCCGUAAUCAGUCUGUUUGGUAUCCCCUUGUGGUAUCAUUUCCAGACCCAAAGAGCCAUCAUCCAGCCAAAUGUCUACCCCGGCAACUGCUGGGCAUUCCGGGGCCCCCAGGGCUUUGUUGGGGUUCGCUUGUCUGCCCGCAUCCACCUCACUGCCGUCACUUUGGAGCACGUGCCCAGAGCCCUGUCCCCAGUCAGCAACAUCACCAGCGCCCCCAAGGACUUCGUCAUCUUGGGGCUCAAUGAAGAUUCCCAGGUGGAAGGGGUGGCCCUGGCGAAGUUCACCUAUGAUAAUGCUGGGGAGGCCAUUCAGACCUUCCACUUUCAGGGCAACGGCACAGCCCCAUACCAGCUGGUACAGCUUCAAGUUUUGAGCAACUGGGGUCACCCGGACUAUACUUGCAUUUACCGCUUCCGGGUCCAUGGCAAGCCUGCCAAUUAGAACCUCCCUGCCGGGUCCCUUCACCCUUUCCUCUGUCAGCCACAAGCAAGCAGUUCUCCCACCUCCUCGUCCCUUCUGGCCACUGUGACUUCUGGGAAAGAGACAGAACGUGGGAGCCCACCUCCCUGGAGCCAUCUUGCCCCACCAAGCCCUCUAUGAUAUGGAGGAGACCACCAGCUGAGCAAUUUCUGUUUCAAUCCACAGCAUCUGCAGUGUCAGGUGCCUCAGCUCCCUGCCAAGCCCUGCCUACCUCCAAGACGUGUAGAAAGAGCUCUGUAGUAGAUGUUGGGGGGUGGUAGGGAGUAGUCAGGGCCUUGCUAUGCUCAGCAGCAGUCCCACAGAAACACAGCUUACACCACCCUGGGUCUAGGGCAAGGAAUUUGGUGCAGUAAGGGCAUGAUAAACUGGGCAGCGGCAAAGGGCAGACUGGGAGCCAGUCCCACAUGGGCACACUCCAGCAGGGGGCUAAUGCCGCUCUCCAUGGGACCUUGCAUGGUUCUCUUUACCACUGGCAAUGAUGGGUGCAGUCUUUGAAAUCCGAAGAAGUACCUGGGAAUGACCGCACCUGUCUGUGCUUUUGAUUCGAACAAGGCCAAUGGCCUGGAUUUCAGGGAAGUUCUGCCCCCAGGAUUACCUGCACUGGCAUUUAGUACGGCAGCUGGGGAUGUACCCAUGGCUUGGUGGCCCCUCCUACCCACUGGGGCUUCCUUUAGAGAGGACUGGAAGGUUGCAGGUGUGUGGCAAAGGCAGUAGCAUUACAUACACAAGUCAUCAUGAAUUAGCUACUGCUGAAAGGAAGCUGGGUCCAGAGUACAGCUACCAGCCAUGGGGAGAAGAACUUCCCCUAUGCCGCUGGUACGAGAUUUCUCCUGCCUGCCCCUCGAGAGCCCAGAGACCCUCAUUCUCCACUCUAGCCAUGCUUUUAUCCACCUCCUCACCUGGAGCUCAGUCACUGUGCUCUCUCCUUUGGGACCAUCAGCUCCUGUGGUUGUGGCUAUGGGAGGAAAGAGACUGGCCAGGAUACUGUUGGGGAUUGGUCUUUCCCUAUCCCUGUCUAGUGCUGGCAUUGAGCUGAUGCUGUCCUCUAUCCUUGAGGCAAACAUGACAUGCCUCAGGUGCCUCUGCAGGGAAACAGGGCAUUGCAGGCUCAUCAGUCUUUUACUCUCAGCUCGGAUUCUAGUUCUUUUUCAGCCACAUUAGCAUAUGGGGAGGUUGAAUGGGAUAGGGUUGGGGGAGGGGCUUGUUGAAGCUAAGUCUGGGAUGGGGGAGGGAGGGAGGG